CACAUCAGCCCUCACUGGGGUUGUCACCUGCAGCGCAUUGUAGGGACUCCCCUCGGCAAAGAAGAUGAACGAGAAAGAGAAGCUGGGAGAUCAGCUGCACCAGCUACUUCAGUUAAGAGAGACCACCACAUAUCUGGCAAAGAUUGCCGUCAUCCUCCGAAAUACACCAGGCAACAUGCUCACUUUCAAUCAGCUGAUGGACACGAUGGAACCACUAAUGAGUAAAGACAGAAAAUCUGAGAACAACGUCAGAAUCUGCUUAUCAACCCACAAAUGUUUUGUCAAGAUUCCAAUAGUCCUUGAGUCACGGAGAUGUAAGGGAAACUACUGGAAGCUGGACUGCAGUCAGAUCACUACAAAGAUGGUGCGUCGUCACUUUAAAGGAAUCCUGCAGCUCUUCCCUGAGUUGGCCUCCAAAGUGGAAGCAGAGAACCUGAGCAGAGCAUCAGAGGGAAGCUCAGCCGUCCGAUCUCCUGAACCUGCAGCCUGCAGAGAUGUUCAGAUCAGAUGUGAGGUGAAGUUCAGCAGUCCUUUCUCCAUUGAAUCCCUCCUGAAGAGAGACGGCCCCUCUGCUCAGGCCUCCAGAGCUUCUCCUCUGUCCAGUGUCCAGGUCAGAGUGGAGCAGCAGCCUCUGUCCACACACAGACGAGCUGGGACAAAGAGGAGCAUCAGCUGGGACUCUGAGGAACUUCUCCUUCAAACUUCAGCUGCAAGUUUCCCCAUCUGCUCAGCAGGAGGCAGCACACACCACGGACCCACUGCUAGUCAGUAUGCUAAACCCUUCAAGAAGAGGCCUGUGUGCACAGAGUCCUCUUAUCCCGUCUAUACCGGAGCUAGUCAUGAUCCUUAUUUCACCGGCCCAAGCAACAGUUACAUCACUUACUCCGUACCAGCAUUUACCCAUGAUGGUCUGCGUUUCUGAUGGUAUAAAUGUCCUUCCUGUUUACAUGUUGCACUUUUCAAUGUUUGAUCUUUUUGAGAAGAUUUUUUUUUUCAUAGACAUGCGUUCUCAAAUCACAUAAGUCUCAUAGAUGACCCCAUGUGUCAUUUAUAUCUACGGUUUAAUAUUGCUGAUGCAUAACUCAAUAUUGAAAGAAGACGUGAAAAAGACUUGAUUUUUAAUUGAACUCCAGAGCAGUGAGACAAAUGACUUAUCUUGGCACAUUUGACAUGGGUUGUUUUUUUAAUCCAUUUGUACAAAUAAUUUUAAUGACGCGUUUGAGGUCGGAAUGAUCCGACCACAAGGUGGCAGCACAGUAUUUCAGGUUCAGUCAACUUGAACUCAAAAAAUUAAAGACAUGCCUUCCAUUGUAA